UACAGUGCCCCUUUCCACUGGCUAACAGCCUGUCAGAACAUUUGGAGAAUUUCUCUCUUUGCCUCUCCUUGUAAAUCUUGUUUUUUCUUCUUCUCGACGUUCGUUUAAAGAAAACCGCAUCACGGUUUCGCAACACGUUCAAUUUGCAUCCACGGCAUGUUGACGCCUUCUCAGAAAUCGACGUCGUGAAGCGUGCAACCUAGUUGCCUUUAGUGGAAGAAACCCUUCCCUUGUUUGUUUCUGUGUACAUCUUCAUCUUCUUGUAUUUAUUGGUGCAAUGACGGCGACGGAAGAGAGCGCGGCGCAAGCCGCAGCCAGUUCUACCUCUCCUACGGCAGCCGAGACUGCAGCAUUGCCGCCUUCUCUACAAUAUUCCACGGCGCUUGAAAAGGUCAACACACAAGAUGCCGCCGCGCCAUCAACUCACCCACCUGAUGAGAAAAAGCCAGAAAAACAAGACGCCGAAGGCUCUAAAAGUGAAACUGAUCCCGAGAAGGCCGGAUCCGUCGAGGAGGUACCCCCAGUGGAUGACGACUCUCAGUAUCCCCCGUUCUGGAAACUGGUGCUGUUGACCAUUGGUCUCCUCUUCGCGCUGUUCUUAGUGUCCCUGGAUAGUACCAUCCUGGCUACCGCCAUCCCGGCCAUCACCAAUGAGUUCAACUCACUUAACGAUGUGGCCUGGUACGGAGCCUCGUAUCUCUUUGCGGUUUCAGCCCUGCAGCUACUUUACGGCAAACUGUACUCGACGAACUCUGUGAAAUAUGUUUUCCUGUUUGCUGUCUUUGCCUUCGAGAUUGGCUCGCUCGUCGCCGGUGUAGCACCAACGUCCAAUGCCCUGAUUGUUGGCCGUACUGUCUCUGGUGUGGGGGCGGCUGGCAUCUUUGCCGGUGCUAUCAUCAUCAUUGCCACUGCGGUUCCUCUGCGACACCGACCUAUCUACACCGGCAUUCUUGCUAGUACACAUGGUAUUGCCAGUGUUGUCGGACCUAUCUUGGGAGGUGCUUUCGCCGAUCACGUAACUUGGCGCUGGUGUUUCUACAUCAACCUACCGUUUGGGGGCGUGACUUUGGUCUUCCUCUUCCUUUUCCUACCCGACAAGCCGCCGGCGCAACCUCGCCUGCCGUGGAAAGAACAGAUCAAACAGUGGGACUUGCCGGGCACCUUUUUCCUUGUGCCUUCUAUCAUCUCCCUGUUGCUUGCGCUUCAAUGGGGAGGAGCCAAAUAUGCAUGGAGUGAUGGCCGUAUUAUCGCGCUCUUCGUUGUUUUCGGUGUUCUGGCUAUCAUCUUCUGGUGCGUGCAGCUUUGGCAGAAAGACUUGGCAACUCUCCCUUUGCGUAUCUUAAAGAACAAGAAUAUUCUGGGUGCUCUUUGGUAUGGUGUUUGGUUGGGUGCUUCUGUCUUUAUUUUCACAUACUACCUACCAAUCUGGUUCCAGGCAAUUAAGGGUGUGUCGGCGACGCAAUCUGGCAUUCAUAAUCUGCCUAGCAUUCUGGGCCUAGUUGUCUUUGCCUUGGUUGGCGGUGGCUUGGCGACCGCACUGGGCCAAUUUGUUCCGCUUCUUAUUGCGUCCUCUGUCAUUUCGUCAGUCGGUGCCGGCCUCCUAAGUACCCUCAAAGUUGACUCGGGCAUUGGCUACUGGCUGGGUUAUCAAAUAAUAAUGGCAGCUGGUGUAGGCAUUGGUGCUCAAAACGUCAUGCUUACCCCACAGGUAGCCGUCCCAUUGACCGACAUGGCAAUGGCAACCUCGAUAUUGUCAUUUUCCCAGACACUUUCAUCAUCCAUCUUCCUGGCUGUAGCUCAGAAUGUCUUCCAGAAUCAGCUGAUCAAAAACUUGGCGGCUCAGGCCCCAGAAGUUGAUGCAGCGGCUGUUAUUAAUCAAGGUGCUACAGCCUUGAGAAAAACCGUCACCGCCGAGCAACUGCCAACAGUCCUCGUGGCGUAUAAUGAAGCUAUCAUACAAACAUUUUACGUCGCUGUGGCUGUCAGUGCAUUAUCUGUCUUUGGCCCUGUUUUCAUGGAUUGGCUUUCCCUAAAGCAGCCUCAAGCUCCGGAACAAAAGCCUAACCCAAGCGCAGACGAGGCCUCGACUGCCGAUGGACAGUCCGCUGAGCGUAAAUCCGGCGAAGCAUUAUAGCAUAUGGGACAUGGCGGGUUCAUGAAACUCUAUUAAUGGCGGCUUCUCGUUUCCCUCAUUGUAUACGAUAAAAGUUGUCCUUUUCUCUUCACUCUUAGAGACUUUACGUUCUUUCGAACCACAGCAUUUCAGCACAUGUAUUAUAUGCAGUACAUCCAACUGUAUGCUUUUAGGCAUGUCAUUGUUUGAAUUUAGGUAGUCGGAAUCAGGUAAAGGAAAAGCUAGAGCAUCUUCCAUGGGAUUGUUGCCUGUUAGGAGGAAUAUGUUAAAGGUUGACGAGUUAUCUAUGAAUCAAAAGUACUGGUUGUAGCAUUUGCAAGCUGUUGGAAUAGGUAGAGUAGGGUACACUCAAGCCUCUGACUAUAUGUAUCAUUAGAUUCCCCCAGGACUUUAGGUCCUUUAGUUCUUCUCUCUUUAUCCUAAAUAUAUUAUACACUUCUACUUA